CGUAGGGCACAUGUAAGCGCACAGUUGUGCAACUCCUUCUGUGAGACUCUAGUUGUCCUGCACGUUGACAUUGGUGCAGUAUCCGGAGAGAGGAACCUUCUGGGCUCACUUCGCUAACAGACAGUGCAGGAUGGGAGCCUCCAUGUCUACACAUGCUGCUCCUACAGUGAUGGCAGAGGCUAUGAUGGCUGCACCCCCGCAAGGCUGCCCCAUGCACAAAGAAGCUGAGCCUGCCACAGUUUCUCCACCUCCGGGUUGCCCCAUGCAUCAAGCUCAACCUGUCACAGCGUCUCCUCCGCCCGAGUGUCCGAUGCACAAAGCAGAAGCAGGUCCCGCCCACCAGGAGCGCGCCUAUGAGUUUGUGGAGUGUCCCAUGAAAGCUGCAGCAGCCAUGAACAGUGACAUCGACCCAGCAAAUAUGAUGCCUCCUCCGAACCAAACCCCAGCUCCCGACCAGCCCUUCGACCUUUCAAUCGCGAGACAGGAGUCCAACAUUCCCCGUCACGGUGCAGAGAAGAACUGGGUCUACCCAUCUGCACAGAUGUUCUGGAAUGCUAUGCUACGAAAGGGUUGGCGUUGGCGUGAGGACGACCUCGCUCCUGUUGACAUGAACAACAUCAUUAAAAUCCACAACCGAAACAAUGAGCAGGCCUGGGAAGAGAUCCUGAGAUGGGAGGCUAUGCAUGCAAGUGAAUGUCCAUGUGGGCCGACUUUGAAGAGGUUUGGUGGGAAAGCCAAAGAGUACUCUCCCAGAGCUCGCCUCCGCCACUGGAUGGGCUACGAGCUGCCUUUUGACCGCCAUGACUGGAUUGUUGACCGCUGUGGGAAGGAGGUGCGAUAUGUCAUCGACUACUAUGAUGGGGAAAUCAACAAAGAAAACUACCAGUUCUCAAUCCUGGAUGUUCGCCCUGCCUAUGACUCUUUAGGUGCCGUCUGGGACCGCAUGAAGGUGGCCUGGUGGCGCUGGACCUCCUAAAGAACCACAAACACACACACACACACACGCAAAGACUGUGAAUAUGGCUAUCCUCAUUUAAGCUCUGUCCGACAUGCGUGGUGCUGUGAAAAGAAACAAAGAAGACCGGAUAGUUUUUGCAGGAGCUCACUCAGUUUGUCCUACAUACAUGAAGCUUUGUCUGUUAAUCAUAUUGAUUUUUGUGGCGAAUACAACAACACCCUUGUGGUACAGGUCACAUGAUGCUUCACACUGCUUCUGAGAUUCUAAGAUACUUCGACUUUUACUACAUCAUAGGAGAUCUUCUUAGUCUGUGGAAACAGUUUAAUAUCCUCUGUGACCCUGGAGGAGCUUUAUCAAGUCUGAGAAAAUAAGAUUUAUCACAAACAAAGAAACCGGAAAUUUCAAUUCCACUGCUUUUUCAAAUUCACAGCAUAGGAAUUUGAUUUAAAAAGUUUAUAUUGUUCAUUUUAAAUUAAUUCCUUACAGUAGGCAGGCAAAUUGUCGUUUUUGCAAAAAAAUUCCUCUAUUGGGGCCGAUGGAGAGAAUCGCUUUGAGACGACAUUGUCGACCAGAAUAUCCUGUUGAUGGAAAUGUUGUAGAAAUGUACGUUAACAGAAUGUACAUACAGAUCCCUUAUGCUUAUAUUUUUAUUCUUGCAGAAAAAGUCCUCAAAUGCACCUCAUAGAUGACAGUAGCUUGUUUAGGGGUUAACUUAGCAGUCAGCUGACCAGAUUAUAUACUGUAUUAUUAUCUUCUUGUAGUGUUCAAAUCAAAUAUUACUUUCCUAUUUCCAAAAAGGGAUUAAAGCUCAAACUAGCUCAAUAGGAUUCUCAUCUCAGAUGUAUCACAUUUGAAUGGCUCUGUCCUCUGCUAUUGCUUCAGACAAGCUUCUGCCCAUUCAAAACAUGGUGGGAGGCAUUGUAUUCAAAAAGACAACCUUCUGUGAUGUCACCACAUUAGCAGAGUCACUUAGUGACAUCCAUUUGGGGGGGUGGGGGGGGUGACGGUGCACCUCCUGGAGUCCACAGCAACACACCUGCCAAGUCUGAUGUUGAUCGUAUGAACGGUUACUUGGGUUGUUGAAUUCUACUGCAAUAUUAUCUGCAAUUUCUACAGUGCUGCCCCAAUUCUACAGAAGGGGAUUAGGGCCACUUGAAAACUUUCUUUAGAAAAAGAAAAGAAUCAGUUCGUAACUUCUUUUUUUUUUUUCAGAAGAUUAUUUCUUGUGGCUCUGAUCCUCAAAUAGAAUACCCUGUCUCGGCUCUGGUCUCUCAUAUUGUUGUGCUAAUAUUCAUAUUUUUAUUUAUUGUAUGAUAAAUACGUAUAGAUUUGUGUGCAUAAUCUUGAAGUUUCUGUUCCCAGAAAAUGUUAUUGUACUGGUGGUCAACUAUAAAUAAAUCUGGUUUCCCCCCUGAA